GAAGCCGAUGAUGAUGAUGAUGACAUGUCUGAGCAGUCCGAAAAUGUACAGUAGACUAGCAUAAAGCACGCCUCAGCCGUGGCAACGGAGUCUGUGCAGACGACAUACUGUAUGUGCGGAGGUUGAAAACGUCAAAAUGCGAGAUUCGAAAGGAGAAAAAAGGCCGCGCGCGCUGCGCUCGCUGUCCCUGUCUCCCCAAUUCCUCCUCCGCCAUCCUCGCAUCGCGCGCCCCGAGUCUCAGACAAGCGACGAGCAGGGUCUUGCAGCAUCUUGGUGACAGGCUCCCAUGCUCUGCCUGCACUCAUUGAAGUAUCGUGGUUGAGGGACCGACCGAGCUCACUUUCUUGUCGUCGGCGCCGGGUCAGACGAGGCUUUGAGGAUGGAGGAGUCACGCGGCGGCGACGACGGAGCUCAGCACCCAGCUGCAGAGGGCGGUGGGACUGCGCAGAACCAUUAUCCCCAGAGACAGCAGCAGCAGCAGCAGCAACAGCAGCAACAGCAGUAUCACCAACCGCACCGCCAAAUACCCUCGUUUCAGCCGCAGCAGGCUGGGGGACCGAGGAUGUCUCACUUCCAGAUUCCGGAAUUCAGACCAGCAGGUCAUUCUUCACUCAACUUUCACGCUCAUCAGCGUCAGUCGUCGCCUGGCGUGAUGCCAGGAGAUGGCCUAGAUACCGGCGCCAUGCUCGGCACCUCUCACUUCGCAGCACAGAACAUCGCCUUGGCCCAUGCUCUGCAGCAGCAGCAGCAGCAACAGCCGCAACAGCAUUCAUCUAUGCCCAUGGGGGCUGGCCAGUACAUGCCCCGCCCAGGCUUUCCUGCCAGGCCCAGCCAUAGCUGGACACCUCCUCCGUUUCAGUCCCAGCACCAGCCCGCACCACAGCAGCUUUAUCAUACACGUCCGCCCGGUCCUGCUCGACCAGGCAACCACACAGUCAGCCACGCAACAGCGGCAGCAGCAGCCGUGCCGGCGCCUAGUGUUCCUCUUCUGUCUCGGCUGCCUCCAUUGCCUCCGAUGCCCAACGAGCUUCUAGCAGAGGGGAAGGCCGACGAUGACAAGGAAAGAGCCAGGCGGCGGGCUUAUCAGGCUCGAGAGGAAGCCCUCAUGCUCAGGAUCGAAGCAAUCGGCUUCCAACCUGCCAAAGCCUGGUCCGUCAUGAAGGAGGUGGUAGAAGGGCCGGGCAAGACGCAGGCGGAAGAGGAUGGCGUCGACAAUGGAAAGGAGAAGAGGGCCGAAGACAGAGAGGCAGAGGUCAAAGAUCACGCAAAGGCCGAGAUAGCCGAGAAGGAAGAGGGACGAGACGCUGCGCCGAUCCUUGGGAUUCGCCUCCUGCAACGAUUGCAUGCCCUCGAAGAGGAGAAUCAGGAGCUGGGUCGCAUCGUUGCGGACCUCGCUGGGAAGAAGCAAGCCAAGGGAGACGAGAGCCAAGUCCAAGUGGAGCUGCAAGGUAGGAUUUGGCCCGAGAUGCUAGGGUAUAGCGUCGUACCUUGUGCUGACGAAGACCCUUGGAUAGAUGCACAUGAACUCAUUGCCGCCAUGGACUCGGCGAUGAAAGGAUUGGAAAGGCGAGCGGAGGAGGCUGAAGCCCGGGCAAAUGCGAGCGAGCGGGCGCUGGCUGUCGCAUGCGCCCAGAACUCGAGCUCGAUUCUAGACGAGAGGCGAGGAGGUGGACCACCGACGUCACCCACUACGAGCCCAAGCAGCCGAGGUGCUAAUGCAGGCGCACAGAGUGCAUCUAUUUCGCCUGCCUCUCCACCGCCCAAAAGAUGGAAUAGCAGUAGUCGCGGUGGCCAUCAAUCAGGCCACCGUGGAGGAGGAGGAGGAGGAGGAGGGGGAGGGGGAGGGGGAGGAAGGCGCGGACACCACUAAUCACGCACAUACAUCAGUCACAAAUCUCACAACUCUGUACUAUCAUCACUCAUUUGUAACGAUAACUCAUUUACCGGUACAUCACCAGCCCAUUGUCUCGUG